GCUGCCUCCAGCUCCCCCAUCGCCUCUCCCAGAUUGUGGAAGGGAAGAUGGAGCCCGUGACCGUCGCUACGGACAGCGGGGAGCGGCCCGGGGCCCCGGUUGGCUCUGGCCUGUCGGCUUCCCAGCGUCGGGCCGAGCUGCGGCGGAGAAAGCUGCUCAUGAACUCGGAACAGCGCAUCAACCGGAUCAUGGGCUUUCACAGGCCCGGGAGCAGCGCGGAAGAAGAAAGUCAAACAAAAUUAAAGCAACAGGACAGUGAUAAACUGAACUCCCUCACCAUUCCUUCAGUUUCAAAGCGAGUAGUGCUGGGUGAUUCCGUCAGUACAGGAACAGCUGACCAGCAGAGUGGUGUGGCAGAGGUAAAGGGGACGGAGCUGGGAGACAAACUGGACUCUUUCAUUAAACCACCUGAGGGCAGUAAUGAUGUAAGCCUUGAGCUCCGGCAGCGAAACAGAGGGGACCUGACAGCGGACACUGUCCAGAGGGGCUCUCGCCAUGGCCUAGAACAGUACCUCUCCAGAUUUGAAGAAGCAAUGAAACUAAGGAAACAACUAAUUAGUGAAAAACCCAAUCAAGAGGAUGGAAAUACAACAGAAGAAUUUGACUCUUUCCGAAUAUUUAGAUUGGUGGGAUGUGCUCUUCUUGCCUUUGGAGUCAGAGCUUUUGUUUGCAAAUAUUUGUCCAUAUUUGCUCCAUUUCUUACUUUACAACUUGCAUACAUGGGACUAUACAAAUAUUUUCCCAAGGGUGAAAAGAAGAUAAAGACAACAGUACUAACAGCAGCACUUCUAUUAUCUGGAAUUCCUGCUGAAGUGAUAAAUCGAUCAAUGGAUACGUACAGCAAAAUGGGUGAAGUUUUCACAGAUCUCUGUGUCUACUUUUUCACCUUUAUCUUUUGUCAUGAACUGCUUGAGUAUUGGGCCUCUGAAGUACCAUGAAGCCUGCAGAACUCAGGAGAAGCUUACAGAAAACCACUUUCUGUCAUAUUGCAGUGUCUUUAAAGGAGGCAAAUCGGGUCACAUCUUUAUGUAAUUCUUUUACUUUGUAGGGGUUGUAAAACUACUUGAUUUGGAAUGAAAUGGCAGAUCCUCUGACUUAAAAGCAUUGAGUUUGCAUUAAUACUGAUGUGAAGAAUAGAGUACCAAUGUCAUUAACUGAUUUUUCUUGUUUAAUUAGAAUCCCUAGUCUACACCUUUCCCUAACUUCUAAGAUUUGUAUUUCGGCAGAGAAACAAGGUCUCAGCCAGCCCUUUGUAAUUGGGGACUGUGUCAUGUAUUUGGUUGUUCUUUCCUGAGAAAUGAUGCCAUCUUAAAAAUAAAAUGAAAGAAACUGAAUUUUCUAAUGUUAAGUGUGCACAGUUUCAUUUAUAAGAGCCAAAUAAGGUAGCCAAUUGUAUCUUUUGUUGAGUCAGUAUCUCUUUUUUAAAAUAAUUUUAUCUUUGUUGUUGAAGGUGUUGAGAGUCAGUAUCUUAAUCCUUACUCCAGUGCAAGCAUUGUAAUGGGAGAAAGGAUUAAGAUCCAUACAUAUGAAAUUAGAAGGUAUUUAUGAAAUCUUUAUUUUUAUUUAUGAAAAUUUUUUAUUGUCCUGGCCGGUGAGGAGAUGGCUGAAGGAUCUUUUACUGUAACACUCACAUCAAUGUUUUUCUCUCUCUAAAAAUCUUAGAAUUGGAAAUUUUCACUUUUGAGUUUUCAAUUUUCAGGAGUAUUUUUAAGCAAACUAGACUAGAAUGGUUAGAUAUAAAAGUGGGAUUUGAAGAAUUGACUGAGGUAUGAAACUCAAUAGCAUAAAUGUUCUAUAAACUAACUUGGUAACACUCAUAUUUGUAAGGUUUGUCUUAAAUGAGUAUAAAACGUGUGUUAUAUUGCUCGUUAUUACUUUUCCUUACACAUUUUUGUAUGGUCUAUUUAGUUAAUCCUUGUGAUAUUAAAAACAUAUGUCCUUUUUCAUUAUUACUCACA